AUGCGCUGUGUUUAUCGGCCUGCCAGCGGCACGAGUGGUUCUGCAGCAGCCACUGCUAGCAGCGGCACUACCCUUUCCGCCGGCACCUUGGCGUACGCCUUGCGGCACUUCAGUGCGCCUACGCGUCUGUGGCGGUCGGAACCACCGCCACCACCACUCCCGCCACUGCCGGGGGCAGGCGCCACGGUGAGCGAGGAGCGUGUCGCACGAUGGUGUCGGCGGCUGUGGGACCUCACGCGCAAGUCCACUGGCAGCGUGGCCUCUGCCCAUCUCACCCCACAGCUUCAACUCGCCGCCCACAGAGCAGCAGCAGCACUGCUAUCAUCAUCGUCGUCGUCGCCCUUCACCGCGCCACCGCAGAUUGACGACGAUGGGGAGGUGACGGGCGAGGUGGUGCUCUCUAGCCUGCGCCGCGCCAUCCGUAGCGAUCAAGGCCGCAUCCCUGGCGUCAUUGUGGAGAGCGUGUGGGCCGCCUUCGACGUGCUCGUGCCGCCCAUCGUCCAGGAAAACGUCACAGAGGAUAGCAUCACACCCGCGACGGGGGAUAACUUCUUUAUGUUCAUCUCGACCUUGAACGAGCUCAAUUUCGACCUGCACGCGGUCGCAAAGGCAAGCACGCAGCUGACGGCGAAGGUGGACGCCUACGUGGGCCUGCUGCGGCAGGCGGAGGCUCACGAAACGCAGCGAGCGACAACAGCAGAGGCCCGUGGUCCUGCGCAGGUCGCUAUCGACGGAUGCGAGCUCAUGGAGCAGCUCAUGAAGGCUAAGGGGGAGGUCGUGCAGUGCUGCUUUGAGGCCCGCAACGCUGGCUCUCCUCUCUACUACACGUGGUUGUGGCACACGGCCGCCAUGCCGGACGGCCUGCGGCGGCUCAUGCAUUUUCGAAAGCUGACCCAUUUCUUCGAGAGCUUGUGCAAGCGACACAUCAAACAUCUCACGGAGCAGCAGCAGCAGCAGUGGCAGAGCAUGCUGUCUUCUUCGGCGCCUGCUACUGGCGAGUCAGCGGGGACGUUGCCGUCAGCAGCAGCCGCAAGCGCCACGGAGAAAAGUCGGUGCGCCGGCGAGCUCUCCAAGUGGCGUAGUCGUCUGAUCGAGGUAGGCCUAAUCGAUGGUGCCAUGUCGCUUCUCUUGAACGAUCUGUUCUCCAAGGAGUACUUGGUGAUGGAGGAGCUGACGUGGCUCUUGACGCCGCCGUCGAUGCUGGACCAGAUCAUGCGUGCUGAGUCUGUCCAUCCCUUCGUCCGUGGACUUGAAGACAUGCGCCAUCGCCUGCAGCCGGCUCACCACCGCCACUUGUUCGCCUUUCUGCACCCCGCCGUUGUCGAGGAGCCGCUCAUCGCCGUGCAGGUGGCCUUGACGCACGGCAUUGCCAGCUCUGUGGAUCAGAUCUUGGGUCGCCCUACGCCGCUGUCAGACCCGGCGAACACGUCGAAGGCGGCUCUCUACUUCCGCCACGCACUGGAAUCCUCGGCGGCGGUUGACUGCGCCGGUGCGGCGGAAGAUGGCAACGUGAACACCGCCAUCUUCUACAGCAUCAACUCUGCCCAAAGUGCGUUGCGUGGCAUGGACAUGGGUAACCGCCUCAUCAAGCGCGUCGUGCAGGAGGUGGAGGGCAACAUUAACGCUCGGCGGCAGGCGCGCAGCUUGACUCCCAUCCACACCUUCAGCACCCUCUCACCCAUCCCGCUCUACGUCAAGUGGCUGGCUGAUGAAGUGGCUGCGCUGGCGGCUGCCGCUGCGACAGCUACCGCGAUGGCAGCGAGCGGCAUCUUUGGCAAGCAGCUCUCCACAACCGAGGAAGAUACACGCUACUUGGGGCCGCUUCGCGAGGCGAUUGCCGGCUACGUCCUGCGGCACCCCGAUGUCCUACCGGCGGAGGCGCGUGCGGUGAUGUCAGCGGCGGCCACAAGCAGUCGCGGCAACCACACGGCCGCAAACGUAGCGGCACUGCAGUACCUCGUGCGUCUCCUCCAAGACGCAUCGUCGCCCCCCUCGUUUCCGCGCGAUGGUCUUGCCACAUUCGCCGCGGGCAGCACCUCGACACAGCGGCAUCAGCAGCCAUGGUGGGCGGACCAUACGCUCACGAUGGCCCUCGAGGCGCCCCUGUUGCACUCCGUUGCCACGUACCUGUGCACCGUGAAGCGUAGUGGUGACGGCCGCAUUCGCGACCCAGUCGGCAACUUUCACGUGUCUAACGGCGCCACUGUUUAUCGACUAAACUUCCUCGCGAACACGACCCCGAAGGCCAGUCGUGAGAGCGCCUGCAUCAUGGUGAACUACUGGUACGACCUGCCAACGGUCUCAGCCAACGCCGCGCGGUACGAGGUGAGCCGCACCGUGCCCCUCGGUGAGCCGAUCAAGACGCUGCUGGGGGACAUGUAG